UUAAUGGGAAGGUUGUCCCUACACCUGCUCUGCAAAAAGAUGCGUAACAGGGUGGUCUGCCGGGGACGGAGGCGGUGUCCAGGACGUGUCUCCUCGGACGAGGAGGCUGUACUGAGCGUCGCAGUUCUGCUCCGCCCCCCAGGAGCGCAGGCCCUGGAGUGCUACAGUUGCGUGCAGAAGGCCGACGACGGGUGCUCUCCGCAGAAGACGAAGACCGUCAAGUGCGCGCCAGGGGUGGACGUCUGCACAGAGGCCGUGGGCGCGGUGGAGACCAUCCACGGGCAGUUCUCGGUGGCAGUACGGGGCUGCGGUUCGGGACUCCCGGGCAAGAAUGACCGCGGUCUGGACCUUCACGGAAUUCUGGCCUUCAUCCAGCUGCAGCAGUGCGCCCAGGAUCGCUGCAACGCCAAACUCAACCUCACUUCGCGAGCGCUCAAUCCUGCAGGCAAUGAGAGUGCGUACGAGCCCAAUGGCGCCGAGUGCUACAGCUGCGUGGGGCUGAGCCGCGAGGCAUGCCAAGGUACGGCGCCGCCGGUUGUGAGCUGCUACAACGCCAGCGACCGCGUCUUCAAGGGCUGCUUCGAUGGCAACGUCACCUUGACGGCAGCUAAUGUGACCGUCUCCUUGCCCGUCCGGGGCUGUGUCCGCGACGAGUUCUGCACCCGCGAUGGGGUGACAGGCCCGGGGUUCUCGCUCAGCGGCUCCUGCUGCCAGGGGUCACGUUGUAACUCUGACCUCCGCAACAAGACCUACUUCGCCCCGCGAAUCCCGCCCCUGGUGCUGCUGCCCCCUCCUAUGUCCACCACGAGGGCCCCAGCUCCGGCUGUCACCAGUUCCACCCCAGCCCCAACUACCCCCACCUCCACCAUCAAACCCACCCCAGCCCCAACCAGCCAGACUCCUCCACAGGAGGCAGAAACCGAGGCCUCCCUGUUGGAGGAGGACAGCUUGCUCCACGGUGCCGCUGGCCAUCAGGACCGCAGUAACGUGGGGCAGUACCCCCCCAAAGGCGGGCCCCAGCAGCACACGAAUAAGGGCUCGCUCUCAGCAGCCCGCUCCUGA